GCUGCGGGCAAGGACAGGCAUGGGCAACAGGAGGAUGAGGCUGCCCCCCAGGUGCUGCCGGCUCCGGGUGCUCGGAGUCGCCCUGACCGUCUGCAUGACCAUCGGCUUCACCCUGCAGCUGCUGGGAGGCCCCUUCCACCGCAGAGCCCCCCUGGAGCAGCAGCAGCCACAUGCCCCCCGCUUGUCCUGGGACGAGCUCUCCGCCUCGCCACGCCCCCGGGACUGUGAGCCGCAGCAGCACCUGGUCUUCCUGAAGACGCAUAAGACAGGCAGCAGCACUGUGGUAAACUUGCUGCACCGCUUCGGGGAGGCGCGGGGCCUGCGCUUCGCCCUGCCACACCGCUACCAGCUCGGCUACCCCCUGCCCUUCCAGGAACCGCACAUCAAGGGCCACCGCCCAGGUGGGGCCCCAUACGACAUCCUCUGCCACCACAUGCGCUUCAACCUGCCCGAGGUGCAGAAGGUGAUGCAGGCUGACAGCUUCUACUUCUCCAUCGUGCGUGACCCAGCGGCACUGGCGGCCUCUGCCUUCUCCUACUACCAAGCUGUGGUGUCCGCCUUCCGCCGGGCUGGAACCCUGGGACACUUUGCAGCUGCACCGGAGCGCUACUACGACCCAGCCGCCCGCGGUAACCACUACGCCCGCAACCUGCUCUGGUUCGACUUCGGGCUCCCGGUGCCACCGGCAUCCGGGACCGAGGCUGAUGCCGCCAUGGAGGCGGCGCUGGCGCAGCUGGACCGGACCUUCAGGCUGGUGCUGCUGACCGAGCACUUCGAUGAGUCGCUGGUGCUGCUGCAGGAGGCACUGUGCUGGGAUGAGGAUGACGUGGCUGCCUUCCCGCACAACGGGCGCCGGGCACUGGGCCCCGCCAUGGCCCCUGGCCUGGCCGCCCAGCUCCGGGCCUGGAAUGAGCUGGACUGGCAGCUCUACACCCAUGUCAACCGCAGCUUCUGGGCCCGGGUGGAGGCCUAUGGGCGGGAGCGCAUGGCGCGGGACGUGGCCCGGCUGCGGGGCCGGCGCCAAGAGCUGGCUGAGCACUGCCUGGCUGGUGGGGGCCCGGUGCCGGCCUCACGCAUUGGGGACCCCCAGCUGCGCCCCUUGCAGCUGGGUCGAGCCGAGAUCCUGGGCUACGAGCUGCGGGCUGGGCUGGGCCCUGCGGAGCGCCGGCUCUGUGCCCGCAUGGUCACCCUGGUGCUGCAGUACAAGGACCUGCUUGACCGCCGGCAGUUUGGGGGCAACAGCACCAGCAACCCCACAUAGGCAGGACCCCCCCAGGAACGCCC